AUGAAUGAUUUAUGUACAAUUACACGUUAUUAUGGUAGUAAUGAAAAAGAUCUUGAAAAACUUUGGUGUUUUAUUGGACAAGCACAAACAUAUUCAAAACGAAUAUUAAUUGGUGUUAAUAUUGAAAAAGAUUUAACAGAUUGUAUUAAAAAAUAUUCUCAACAACAACACUUAUCGAAUAUAUCCGUAGAUUUUAUAGCAAUUCAACCAUGGAUUGGAAUAUCAACACCAUUAAAUAUUCUUUUAAAUCAUAUUUCAAUCGAUCAAUCAUUUAUUUUAAUUCAAUCCGUUGAAAUUCAAUGUACAUCACAACAUAUCGAUUGUUUACGAUCAUAUCUACAAGAAGAUAAUAUUCUUUGUGUUGGUGCUGCACUUGAUGGUCAUCAGAUAUUUACUAAUGAUUUAAAUAAAACAUAUUUACCACUUCAAGGUGUUACAAGUCCUUGGAAUACAUUUGCAAUAUGGAAUUCAGAAAAAUUACGUCGAACUGGUUUUCCAAUGUGUUCUGAUUUUGUUAAUCCAUCAGGUAUGGAAGAUGCUGCUGUUAUUGCUCUACAACAAAAAUUAUUUGGUGGUAGGACAAAAAAUCGUGCUUUGCUUAUUCAUUUUCAUACUAAUGUUCAAUGGUUAAAUCAAUUUGAUUAUGAUCAAGAUAGAUGUUCAAAACAUGAAAUUAAAAUGAAAUCAAAAAAUAAUCGAACUAAACAACUAUUACAAAUAUUAGAUAUAUCUGAUAGUGAUCAAGAAGAUAAAAUUGGUAUCGAGUAUAUUGUUAAUAAUAAUAUCAGUAAGCUAUAA